AUGGCGCCACCAGGAGAUUCCAAAACGUUUUUCAAAGCAGAGGGCGGAAGAGGACAAACUAAUCCCAAAGAUCUUGAAGAAUUAGUACGGAAAGCGAACAAAACCAGUGGAGACAGAACUGGCGUGAAUGGGAUUCUACUUGGUCCACCCGGCGCUGGGAAAGGAACUCAGGUUAAUUACCUUAAUACGUCCAUGCUGGGCUUGUUAAAGUCCCUUUCUUGCUGAUCCUGGUCUAUGUUAAGAAAGUCUGUCUAUGAGUCAGGUUUGAGUGACCACAGAUAUGGGAUAUGGGCCCUUCCAUUAUUAUUAACUAUCCGCCCCCUGUGGUCAAAUUAUGAGUUCCAUCCCUUAAUAAAAGAUCGGAGUGCCAACCUGUUCCUUUUUUACGAAAAAGAAAAACAAACGAAAUUUCAUCAAAAGAUCUUGGGUACUGAUGUAGCUACCCCUCCAGAAAUGACUUUUGAAGAACCCCUCUCCCUAGGAUUUCAUUGUCCUUCAGUGUGGCUGCAAUUAGGUGAAGGUGGAAGCACUGUCCAGUAGAGAAGUAUUUUUCACAAAGGCAUCUGGGAGGUAAGGGACAUCCAUAGCCUGAAUUUCAGCCUUCCCCUGAAUCAACAAGCUGUAAUGCUGUCCACUGAUGUCACUACUUGAAAACCAGGUAGUGAUUAUGAUAAUUUUGCAGACUGAUCAAACAUUCUCAUAAUUAUGUAUAAUUUAGAUUUUAGCGAGACUGUCAUUUGAUAUUCUGGGUAUCGCAUGCUUGCGUGGAGUAAAAAAUAUUGACAGUCUUAUCGUAAACAGCAAAGUAAUCCUUGUAAUUAAAACGAAUGACUUGUUUACUCAAUGCGGAAACUCAGUAGGUUUCAUUAAGAGCCAUUUGGUGGUUUCAGCAGCGAUUUUAUUUAUGCAAAGCAUCAGUGACCAAUGUUUUUGCAAUUUUACAUCAAGCUUGUGCAGCAAAUUUUAGAACUUUCUACCAUUUCCACUGUUAAAUGUAAUGAUUCUGUUACUUUUUCUUUCUUGUUCGCUUGCUUCUGUUCUUCUUUGUUGAGGACCAAACUAACCCUAACUUCAAGAAAGUUAAAGGAAGCAUCCCAUGUGUAUUUCAAUCUUGCGUGGCAAAGAUGGAGUUUGAUUAUUGCAAAAGAUUAGUGUAUAAUACUGCAUGUUAACAGUUUGAACAUUUAACGUAAAACAAUUCUGUGCCAUGUAGACCUUUCUGGACAAUAUUUCUUUACUGUGAAAGGUUUGAACCCUGGAGUCAUUUCAAAAGUAGGUUGAGUUUGAUCGCCUGGGUGAACGUAGUCCUGAAUAGGACUGUUGUUGUUGACGGUCACUGUCAACAGCAACAGUCCUAUUCAGGACUACGUUCACCCGGACGAUCAAACUCAACCUACUUUUGAAAUAUUUCUUUAUUUGCCAUUUGAAAAUUGUGUUUUACUUCUGACAUGAAUUAAAGCAAAGGAGCAGUGAUAUCACUGGAUAGUAUUAGCAGCUUGUUGAUCCAGACGUCCCUUUCAGGAGCAAGGGAUUUGAGUGGAUGGCUGAAAUUCAAGCUAGGACACCCACUGUUGAAUCACAGAUUAAAUUAGUGGAUUGAUAUGUGGAACCCUGGACCUGAUAAGCCUUUCGGAAAAUUUUUGGCUCAUAGAAUUAUUCCUACAUUUACAAAUUAACAAGGUAUAAAACAUUAUUCAUUCAUACUCGGAAGCUUUCGGACACUGAAUUUAAGGUUCUCAAAAAUCUGUGCAUCUGCAUGGGUUUGUUCUUGGUAAACCAAAGGUGUUGUGUUAACAGAGUGUAAUAAUUAUUAAUAUUAUUAUGAUUAUUAGGCACCAAAACUAGCGGAGAAAUACUGUGUUUGUCAUUUAGCUACUGGUAAGUACAGAACUACAUAUUAUACUGUCUUAGAUAUGAUUUCUGCAUCUUCCUUCUCACUAAUGACUAGUGCUAUCAGUUAACCCUCUAACCGGCAAUCGUACAUAUAACCAUAUGCACAAAAGGGUAAACUCUCUCAAGUUCUGUGAUUUGGCUCCUAGACUGUUUCAGUGCUUUUUACAGAAAAUAGUUUUUGUGACUUUAUUUUUGAGAGGACUUUAGCGGCAGCUUGCAUCAAAUCUUCUGAUUUUUUUAGCUGUAAAAUCCUAGUUUUUGUCAUCUGUGGAGCUUUAAGGAAUUGUACUCAUGGGUGUGAUUCACUUCAACUAACCUGCAACAUAGAUCAAAACUUGCAAUUCUGAACAUAAAUCUUCAAACAAAGGAAAACAAGUUCUAAUGAUUUGUAGUGGCGAUUGACUCAACGGUAUGAAGUAACUUUAGAAGUCGAGUGCCCUCUGAAGGGUUAAUAGUCUAGUUGCAUUUAUUUAGUCUCCUUCUAUCCAGCCACUGCAAUAAUAACAUGGCCAUCAUUUCUCUGUGAGAAUUUCUAUUUGGCCUUAUUUUUUUUUCCAGUUUCUUACUGAAUUAAGUUUUAAAUGUUGUCAGGUGGUUAGAUUGUAAAAUACCCUUCAUGCUAAACUUGAGGAAUUCAAUAUCCAUCUUUGAGGCUUGCCCACAAGACAAUUUUUUUAGUUACAAAGUCAGCAGAAGGCAACUUGUCAUAUUGCCCACAAUAAUUCCAAUUCAAAUAUUGCAUACUGUGUUUCCUCAAAAUAAUAAUACAUGUUGGCUGGGGGAUAAUAAUAUUUAAUAUUUUUUUCACCCAAAAAGGUGGCAAUUAUUUCAAAAUAUUGCUCACUGGAAGACGUGCCCCAAGACAGGGCUAUCAUUAAUUAAGAGCCAGAGGCUGGGGAUUUCCCCAGCUGCACAGAAAUGAUUUCGACUUUCACUUUCACGGAGGCAACGCGCAAGAAAACAAGAUUCAUUUGGCCUCUGAUUGGCUCAUGCUAGAAGUAAGCCAUUCAAAAUGGCGAAAAAUUUAGGAUCAAAACCAACCAAUCGAAAUAUAGGACCUGAUGAGGUCUACAUGCCCAGUUCUUUGUAAGAGGAGCGGUUUCUGAUUGGCUGAAAGUUCUUAGGUGGCCUUGGUUGAAGUCGUCACACUGUAAUUUGAUUGACAGGAGAAUUUGCAUUUACUAGCGAUACAUUUCAAUAGGCAGGAUUGGCAUCCCUGCUAUAAACUAUUUUUUUUUCAUUACCCUAUUGAAUCAAAAAAUGAUUAAAUAAAAAAAAAAGUGAGCAUGAGCCUUUUAUUAUUACUUUUCAAGUUCAAUAUCCUCGGUGUUAGAGCUUGAAUCAUCACUGAUCAGUUUUACUGGAUCAGACUCCAGUUCCACUUAACAAAGAGGGCGGGGGGAUAAAAGAAAGAGAAGAAGGCAAGAGGUUUUGGGCGGGGGUGAUUAUUUUAGAUAUUUUGUCAAGGGCGGGGAUUAUUUAAGGAAGGUGAUUACUCGAGGGAUGGCUAUUAUUCGAGGAAAUAUGGUAUUAUUGGCAUAAAAAUGUGCUUUUGACAUCAUGGUUCAGUCCACGCAAAUAAACACUUCCUGAAAUCACUGUUGAGUAUCAGUGGAUUUGACAAUGGAUGGGGAUGAUCUGUAUCUUAGUACAAAAGCAGUUCAAAUCAGUUACAAUCCUUGUUUAUUGCUGAUGCAUGGAAAAAAAUUGAUGGCUUUGAUCAUUGGUAUGUUCCUUUGUCACAAGUAAAGUUGUAGUCUGACUCAAUGGAUCAAUCACUGACUCUUUGUUUAUGUAUGUAUGUUUACAUUUGAUUAUCAGGGGACAUGUUGAGAGCUGUUGUUGCUUCUGGCUCUGCUUUGGGUAAAAAAGUUAAACAAGUUAUGGAUUCAGGCCAGGUAAAUUAAAUCAGAGUGCAAGUUAAAAUUGAACAUGGAAUAUGAAGAAAUACUUGGUGUACACAUAUAAAGGGGGCAGUUGUUUGAUAUUUUUUUCUUGCUGCUGCAAUUAUUAUCAGAGCAACUCAAUGUUUUCUACACUGUUUUUCCAUAAAAGUUAUGACAUGAAUUUUUUUCUUUCUUCCUUUCUUGUGUAAUAUCCAUACUGUUUAGGCAAAAAUAGGAUAAUUAAAUUUAGCAAACAGCACAGUGCUUAACUUUGUCAGUCUUUUUGUGUUAACAAUUCAGCUGGUGAGUGAUGCACUUGUGGUUGAGCUUAUUGAUGACAACCUUAACAAACCUGAAUGUGCCAAUGGGUUUCUCCUGGAUGGCUUUCCAAGGACUGUGGUUCAAGCAGAAAAGGUACAAAAAAAUAUGAGGGAGCAGUAGCAAAGACUAGUGCCAUUAGAGUCAGGGAUGGAUACAGAAAAUUCACAACAAAGCACUGGGAAACUUGCCAGCUAUUUAACUGCUAUAAUUUAUUGGUUAAAGAACUCUGAGAUCAUCUUUUUAUGGCUCUAGACAAACGCAUUUAUUGUGAAUUCUUUAAACUUUUAACACAAAAUAUAAGACAAAAGGUUGGGGGAGGGAUCAGCCUUCUCAACUCCCCCUAAAGCCACCCAUGCUGGGUGGCAACUAUCAGGCUCUCUAGUGUGGGGUCAGUUUGUGUAAGUGGUGAAGCUGAAAGACAGAAAGCUGCUUCCAGUUGACUUUUUACAUGAAGCUGCUUUAAAAGCAUUGUGAGAUUUGUUCUAACACAGGCUGCUCAAUCACGUUCAAAACAGCAGCCAUUAUUUCAGGCUAUAUUAUGACACACCAUCUGUCUGCAUAUCACUGACUGCCUUUUUCUCUUUUUCUUUGAUGAGGAACUUCUUAGAUGUCUGUAUGGCCAGUAAACUGUGGCUAGUUUUCUCCUAUUGUUGUUAAAAGGUUCAUGUUUGUUGUUUAUGUUUAACAAUCAAAUUUUCCAUUAUGUCUUCCCAUAUUGACAGCUUGAUGAGCUUCUGGACAAAAGGAAAUCAAACUUGGAUGCAGUUGUAGAGUUUGGAAUUGAUGAUUCCCUUCUAGUACGCCGAAUUACUGGCAGGUAAGUCACAUGCUACAGUGUUAUUAUAGUCAACUUUAUCAUAAUGGAGACUUCUGUAUGACAGACACCUCCCUUAUAAUAGACACACAGAGUUGGUCCUUGUUGCUCCUAAGAGAUGCCCUUUUUUGUGUGUCAGUAUAUUUUUCACAUGCGAAGUUUCAGCUUGUGAGCUGCAACCUUUCUCUUGCCACGUUUUGGCAAAUAACAAAAUCUCACGAACUUCCAAAACUGUGUUCGGCCACCUUAAACAUGUUUAAAAACUGUUUAGUUGAACAUGGUUUGAAUUUUCUUUCCUCCAUCAGAGCUUCUAACUAACUUUUAAAAAUUGAUUGCAAGUUUAGUGCAAAUUACAAAACAUGCAGAAUUUUAUUUGAAUCCUGUGUGAAACCCUGUGUUCUAGUUCCAUGUUUGUUUGUCAUUUUUUAAGACCUGGGUUAAACAUGUCAUGUUUAGUUGGUGUGAAUGGGGCAUUAUUAUUAGUAAUUAUUACAGUGAUGAACACUUUAAAACAUAUAGCAAUGAUAUUAUUUUCAUAAUAUUAUUAUUUUGGGGGGGGAGGGAGGGAGGGGGGCAGGUUGGUGUGAACAGAGGUAGUGAUCAAUGUAUUUUUUGCAUAGCUAGUCUAUGCAUGUGAGUUUACAUGUUUAUCAAGUUUUCGCUGUUCAUCUUUAAGGCUGCUUCACAAACCAAGUGGAAGAACUUAUCACACAGAAUUCAAUCCGCCUAAAAAGCCUAUGACUGAUGAUGUAAGUGAUUGGGUUAUUUCUAUGUUGACCUUAGCUUAGUAUCUUCUGUGAAACUAUCUUACUCUGACAAGGGGGAAAUUAUUUCAAUACCUUGGGGAAUAGUAAUGUUUUUAAACUACACCUAUACUGUUUUUAAUGUAAAAAUGAUUUUUUUAGUCAUUUACACAUCACAUUUACAUUGCUGUCAAAUCUUUAAUUUCAAAGUGAAUACUGUAAAUAUCUUCCAGUGGUAGCCUUAUUUGAGACUUCCUCUUCAAGUAUAUAUAAUGAACAGCACCCAAAGUAACCGGUUUUACUACAAGGAGCCCAAAAGAGUGACCUCCUUUAAUUAACUCACGUCCUUUCAUGCAGGCAUUAACCAGUCAUAAGUCGAGGACAGUUUUCAGCUGGCUUCUGAUUGGAUUACACCUGUACGAAAGAAUGUGAAUAAAUCAAAAGUGGUCACACUUUUGGGCUCCUUGCUGUAAUUGGCUCUAAGGUGUUCAGCAGAUGGCGGGGAGCGAGUUAAAUUGUACGCGGGAAAAACGAGGGGAGACUGGGGCAUUAUUUACCCUCUUCAAUUUUUCGCCUGCACUUUACUAUCUUAACACCGAGAACAGGCUUAAUCUGAAGUAACAGAUUUCUCAGUCAGGGCCAGUAAACUAAUAGAUAACCUAACUGGUAGCUGUAAGUGGUUUUUCUGGUAAAUUGUGUGUGUCUUGUGAGUGUUGUAGGGGAGGGGGACUGGGAGUGGGGAUAGAGAGGGUUAGAGCACUAAUCUUAUUUUUCUAUUUUCAUUAUUGAUUCCAGGUCACUGGUGAACCUCUAAUUCGUCGGUCAGAUGAUAACGAGGCAACGUUGAAGAAACGUUUAGAAGCUUAUCACAAGCAGACUGCACCGCUGGUUGACUAUUACAAAAAGCGCGGGCUCCAUUCACGCAUUGAUGCUGCUGAAUCCCCGGAUGUUGUUUUCAAGGAUGUUUUAAGGGAGUUUGAGAAAGCCAAGGAACGCGCGAGGAAGUUCUUUCAAUAAAUAAUUUUCUUGAAUUAAUUAGUAUCAAUUGAGUAGAACCGAGUAACAAGUUCCUCGUUCCUUCCCUAGAAUUAACAUUCACCAAUUGUUACAAUAUGCUUAUUCCAAUAAUAAAAAAAAUUGUCUCCGUAUUACCGACUGUCUCUGUGUUGCAUAUAGUUUGGAUUUUUAGGUUUGGACUUAAGGUUAUAUGAUAUGGCUAAUCCUCUUGUCUUCAUUCAGUGCGGCUUGCUGCGGUGAAAACGAAGUAUGUUUUGCUUUAAACGGCCGAGAAAUAUUGAACUAAACAUUCCCGACAUUUCGGUGUUCCCUGGCUUUCCACAAUGUCAAUUUCCCAGUUUCCGUUUUUUUGUGGACGGAAAGACGUCGAAUACAGUGGAAACUGACAGAACUGCUAAGUGGCCUGAAAGGUUUUUAAAAAGUUUUUUACAAAAGUUGACGUUGGGUCAACAGUGGAGCUACGCUGUUUUCGGGAAGUCAUAUUCGUUUACAGAUAACCCGGGGUUCCGGUUUUUAUACCGUAAUCGACGUUAUAUAUUCAAAUAUGAGUGACUACUGAAUAAACCUAAAAUUUUACGGUGGGCGCUAGCUACGUCUGCCGGAAAUUACUUGGGAACUCUGGCUAGAAUAUAUAUAAAUACCUGUAAACACUAUAUGGUUUAACUUCUUUAACUAGGCCAAUAAGAGUAAUGUUUUUUUUGAACGAAUCAACACAUUGUAACUUUUCAGCCCGUGAAGUUCAAUACAUAUUCUACAAGUUCAUGGUAGAGAAGCGUCUCCUUUCUCUGAUUCGCUUUAAUAUUUUGACCAAAGGCAUUUUUUUCCUUAAU